AUUAACCGCAAGGGUUAUCUUUGCCGGACGGCUAAGCCAUCCUCCCUUGUGUGCGAAGUCUGGGCAGCCCUUACUGAGCUCUACUACAGGCAACAUGGCCGACUUUGACAUCGCAAUCUAUGGGUCUACGUCUGGAGCAGUGGCAGCUGCCAUCCAGGCUGCACGGUUAGGGCGAAAGACAGUCCUCAUCUCGCCGGAUGAACACAUUGGUGGAAUCCAGAUCGAAGGUCUUGGUUCAACCGAUAUCGACAAUCAGGUCGAGUUCCAGAAUAGCACUGCGGUUGGCGGACUGGCGCUGGAGCUGCAUCGGCGACUCAGCACACACUAUGGCAGGCUUUCCCAGCUCGAAGAGGUUGUUGCAAAGCGCCUCAAGGUUCCUGAGAUGUGGAAGUUUGAGUCUUCUGUCUUAAAGAGGAUUCUUGCCGAGUGGCUUGCGGAGUAUCCCGAGCUUGUGGUUGUCAGGGCUGCCCUCAUUGAAGACCCCUCAGCUGUAUCCAGAAUUGGCCCCAUCGUAACCUCCAUUCAACUCACCAAUGGCCAGUCAAUCAGCGCUCGAUACUUCAUCGAAGCCACCUACGAAGGCGAUCUCCUCGCCGCUGCAGGCAUAACUACCGUCGUCGGCCGCGAACCCUCAACAACCUACAAUGAAUCCCUCGCUGGCGUCCGAGCCGACACUCGCUACACGCAAUUCGACGUUCCCGUCGACCCCUACCGCACGCCUGGCAACCCAUCCAGCGGUCUUCUCUACGGAAUCUCUCCCGAACCAUUUGGCAACCCCGGCGAUGGAGAUGCACACCUCCAGGCAUACUCGUACCGUCUCCCACUCACAGACAUCGAGAGUAACAAAGCUCCCCUCGAGAAACCAGAGGGGUACGAUGCGUCUCAUUACGAGCUCCACCGUCGGUAUAUCCAGGCCGGUGGGAAGUUGUAUACACCGCGUCUGCGGGGUGUGCCGAAUCGCAAGACAGAUCUCAUUGGGUCGGAGGCUGUUCUUGCGACAGAUUUGCUGGGUAUGAAUGAUGACUGGCCGACGGCAAGUCGGGCGAGACGCGAGGAGAUUCUCGAGGAGACGAGGAGGUUUACAAUGGGGCUGCUUUGGUUCUUCGCAAAUGAUGAGGCUGUUCCUCCCUCCAUCCGCAAAGCCUGGUCUGACUUCGGCUAUUGCCUCGACGAAUUCCCCGAUAACAACCACUUCCCACGCCGUCUGUACGUCCGUGAUGCGCGCCGAAUGGUCUCUGACUACGUGAUCACCCAACACACGGCAUCCGAGCCCGAGGACACAGAUCCCGCCUCCACAACCAAAUCUGAGCCUGAGCCUGUCGCGGUAGCGUACUGGCCCACCGACACGCACUGCGCACGGCGUGUCGUGCGCAAUGGCCUCGCCCAUAACGAGGGCUUCGUGUUCAAGGAGCACGGCCACAAAUGGAAGCCUUUUGGGAUUUCGUAUCGCGCGCUUGUUCCUACGCGGGGGGAGGGGGUGAAUGUCCUCUCUGUGACAUGUCCGAGCUCGAGCCAUGUUGGUUAUGGCGCUGUCCGGCUUGAGCACCAAUUCUACGCGCUUGGUCAAGCGGCUGCGAAUGCGUGUGAUAUUGCACUUUCUCAUGCCUCUAUGGACUCGGCCUUGGAUGUGCAAGAUGUUCCGUAUGAUGUGCUCAGGGGAAGGUUGCUUAAGCAGGGGGCUGUAAUUGAUGCGUCUAGUGUAGGGAAGCCUGACUUUAGUCUUUUGUAGCUCUUGACACACUAUCCUGGUAUAACAUCUCUAAAUCAAUAUCGAUG